UAAUUAUAUUCGGAUAGCAAAUUUAUUAUUUGAAAUAAAUGUGCAAUAUAAUUUGAAGAGCGGACAGAUAGUUUCAACGGUAACUGACAAUGGAACGAACUUUGUCAAAGCCUUUAAAGAAUUCGGUUAUAAGAUAAAAAUACCUGUGUUAGAAAAAGAAAUACCUACUGCGGUAGAAGAAGCUAAAGAAGAAAUAGAUUCCGAAUAUUGUAAUGACGAACAAGAAGAUUUAGAUGAAUAUGUCGAUGAAGUAGAUAUAGAUUUGGAAUUUCGUAAUAUCGAGCAAAAGGAUACCAAUGUUCAUUCCACUAUUCAACUACCAAACCAUCUAAGAUGUGCAAGCCAUACUUUAAGCUUGCUGGCAACUACGGACUUUACAAAAGCGUUGAAACAAAAUUCUGUCGCGUCCAAAAUUCAUCAUACAGCAAUGGGGAAAUGCACGAUAUUGUGGAAUAUGUCUCGAAGACCAAAAACAUCAGAGAUAAUUGUUGAUUUCUUAGGAAAAAGUUUGAAGUAUCCAACCCCUACACGCUGGAAUUCGUUAUUCGAUGCGCUGUCCGAUCUUUUAGUACAUCGAGAGAAGCUUAAUAAGUUAAUACCGAAAUUAGAUUCAAAUGUUCAUUUUAAAGAUGUAGAGUUUAAUUAUUUAGAAGAAUGCAUCGCCGUAUUAUCUCCCAUUGCGUUGGCAUUAGACCGAUUGCAGAGCGAAAAUGAAUGCUACUAUGGCAUUUUAAUGCCAACUCUUUUUUCUCUUAAACUGAGAAUGAGAAUGCUACAUGAAAAAAAUUUAAGAUUUUUAGAUAGCGUCGUAUCAAUUCUCAUCUCUUCACUCGAGAGGAGAUUUGAAGACUUUUUCCAUUUUUCGCCAACAGUAAACAAUGCUAUCAUUGCUUCGUGUUUACAUCCGUCAUUUAAACUAAAGUGGCUUCCAAAGACCAUGUCCAGCGAGGAAGUGUCACGAUUUCGAAACUUGUGUAACGCGGCUAUAGACGAGCUUGUGCCUCUUGAAACCACAAUUAUCUCUAAUUCCAGUGAAGAUGAAUUCUUCAUCUUCAAUGAAUCUAAUAGUCUGCAGCAAUCGAAUUCAGAUUCAGAAUUGGUAUCUUUUUUUAAUGAUAAACAGAAAACGCUGGAUACAUUGAAUAAAUACCCACGUGUAAAAAAGGCGUUUAUAAAAUUUAAUACUAGUCUGUGUUCUUCUGCUCCUGUAGAGAGACUGUUUUCUUUUGCGGGAUUUAUACAUUCGCCUACUCGUGGCCUUCUAUCUGAUAAACUGUUUGAAACAUUGGUAUUUUUGAAAGGCAAUAAGACUUAUCAAAAUAAUAAUAAAUAAAUGAAGUAUAACUCUGUAUAUGGUAUACA